AUGGCCACCGCAGAAAUGCAGAACCCCUCAUGGCUUCUUUACGGGCCGAAGUCAGCCAAGCUGCAAGAUCGUCCCAUUCCCACGAUAAGCGAUGAUCACGAAGUGAUCGUGCGAAUCAAAUACGUCGGUGUCUGCGGCAGUGAUGUCCACUUCUGGCAAGAAGGAGGCUUCAUGCGCAAAGUCAGCGACGAAAAGCCCCUCGUAAUGGGCCACGAGGCAGCAGGCAUCAUCGACUCGAUCGGCACCGGCGUAACAUCCGUCAAAGUCGGCGACAGGGUAGCCAUCGAGCCCGGAUUCCCCUGCCGCCGCUGCAAGAACUGCAAAGACGGCGUCUACAACCUGUGUCCCCGCAUGCAGUUCGCCGCCGAUCCGCCAGACAACCACGGCGCUCUUGCCAAGUACUUCGUCGUGCCGGAGGACUUUGUUUACAGAGUCCCUGAUGAGGUCAGCCUCGAAGAAGCGGUGCUGGUCGAGCCGACCGCGGUGGCUGUCCACUCGGCCAGGCUGGCGGGCAUCUCGUUCGGGCAGGAUGUGGUCGUGACGGGGUCCGGGACGAUCGGACUGCUUUCGGGCGCGGUCGCGAAGGCGUUUGGGGCGCGGAGAGUGAUUCUCGUCGAUAUCCUGGAGAAGAAGUUGGAGUUUGCGAGGUCGUUCGUGGAGUGCGAGACGUUCCUUGCGGACACCAAGACGGAUAGCGAAGACAUCGCCGCCCAGAUUCUGAAGAAAUUCGGUCUGACAGAAGGGGUUGAUGCCGUCAUCGAGGCUUCCGGUGCUCAGUCGUCCAUUCAGACAGGCAUCUACCUCCUCAAGCGCGGCGGCAGCUAUGUACAGGCAGGACUGGGGAAAGCAAGACCGGAAGUGCCCAUGCUCGCGUUAUCUGAAAAGGAGCUGAAAGUUCGAGGAUGCUUUCGGUACGGGUCUGGAGACUACGAGUUGGCUCUUUCGCUCAUUUCGCAGGGGCGCAUCAACACGAAGGCUUUGCUGUCUAGCGUGACUUCUUUUGAGAAUGCCACGGCAGCUUGGGACAAGACGGCAAAUGGAGAAGGAAUCAAGAAUCUCAUUGAGGGUGUCAAGGAUUGA